AUGCAUGCUGUUCAAUAUAUGCCAAAGUCAACAAUUGAAAUCAGUAAAAUCGAUGAGAAUGAUGAACAUCAACUUGAAUCUCGACCAAGUUUAUCAGAACCAUGGCAUCCAAUUCAUAGUGAUCGACUUCCAAGUAGUUUUGAUGAUCGUGCAUCGCCAGUAAAAAUCUAUAACGACGAAGAACGAUCACAAGAAUCGAAAUCUGUCGAAGAACCAGUACAAGAAGUAAAGCCUGUGGAAAAACUCAAACAAAUAACUCGCAUAUCGAAACCUAAAGAUUCAAAAAAAUUAUCAUCAUCUACGGCUAGUACAGAGGAUGAAUCAGCAUUACUCAAAUUGAAUUCACUAAGAAAACCAUCUCAAGCCAUAUCAACUAUUCCUUCGAUUGAUCGUCGUGGAGUUAAAGGUAUUUUACUUCGAUUUUUUCGUAAUGGUGAUGACUAUCAUCCGGGCACUGUCAUAGCAAUAAAUGAAUUAGAAAUAAAAUCUUGGGAAGCAUUUCUAAAUUUUCUUAAUCAACAUCCAAAACUUAUUUUAUCAUCUGGAGCUAUUCAGUAUGUUUAUACUCUUGAUGGGCAGCAAAUUCGUUCGAUGAAUAAACUGGAAAAUCGUCAAUCAUAUGUUGUUGCAGCAGGACCGUUCACUAAAACAAAUUAUCGUUCAAUCAAUGACGCAUUCAAUGAUGAUUCAAAUGGACGUACAAAUAAAAGGAAUCCAGUUCCAAAUUCAACUAAACGAUCGUCAGUUGUGACAGAGCGACGUUCAUCAACUAUCACUGGCGAUCAAUUCUAUAUAUUUCCAUAUUCUUGUUUAGAUAUGUAUGAAAUUAUGAUUUUAAAUCGAAAUUCAGCUGCUAAAUUUGAUUCAUGGCUAAAUAAAGAAGUAACAAGUUUACUUUAUCAUUAUAUCGAUGAUGAUAUUAUCACACAUUUAUUUGCAAUAACAAAAUCUACGUUUAUUGAAAUAAAAAGUUUUUCACAAUUGUUUAAUACAUUGAAAAUAACCGAUCGAUUUAUUGGUUGUUCAGAAGCAGAAUUUCAGCAUUCACAACAAAAUUUACCAGCAAUCGUAGCUGGUGGUUUCUUUAAUAGCACGAUAUCGCCAAAGAAUCCGCUGAGUGAAUUUCAAAGAUCAACUCUGAAACAAGAUGCAAAAUUAUCUAUCAGUUGGAUUUAUGGUUAUGAUGGCGCCAAAGAACAAACAAAAACACUUUAUAAUUUAUCGGACAAUGAAAUACUCUAUGUAAUCAAUGCUGUAUGCAUUUUAUAUGAAAUUGAUUUAAAACAACAACGAUUUUAUACUAAACACAAUAAUACAAUAAAUUGGCAAGUGACUGAUGCUCGCUGUUUUCUUACUACUCAUCAAUAUCAUCCGUUAGUUGCCUCAAGUGAAACAAUAUCAUCAAACGAUCGUCUUUAUGUUUUAAUCCACAUUUGGGAUCAUGUGAAACUUGAAACAAUAACUAAAUUAUGUAAAGAACAAUUUGGCUCUGAAAUAUCUCUUCUAUCAUUUUCAACUAAAUCAGAUGAUAAUUUCAUUCUUAUUGUUUCGCGUGAUAAACCAGAAAUUAUUUUGGUUACUGAUUGGAAGCAUAAUGAAAUAAUCUAUAGUAUUACUAGUAAAUCUGAUAAAAUACUUUCGACUUAUUUUGCUUUUAAUACAAACCAAUGGAUAACAUGUAUAAGUCAACAAUAUUUAACAUUUUAUCGUAUCGAUUGGAAUUCAAAGCCCCUGAAAAUUGCAGAAGAACAAGAAUCAAACGUUCAAAAUAUUUAUACGGGUGCAAUUGCAUUUUUUAAUGCCAGUAAAAGCCUGAUUGUCGGUGAUAAAGUUGGAAGUGCACAUAUCUGGUGUUUAACCGAUAAUAAACCGAGAUUAUCAGCUGUGAAAAAAAGUAUUAUAGAGAACGAUGUGACGAUGAUUGUAUUUAUCAAUGAAGAAUCUUUUCUUCUUGCCAAUGGACAAAACCAAAUGAAACUUUGGCAUGUCAGGUCAAAUGCUAUUGCAGAUAUAUCAUUGGAUGAUAUUUAUGGUUCAAUUCAAUCGAUAUGUUCGAUUCAUCAAGGAUUAGUCAUUGGAACAAAAUCAAAUUAUAUUCUUUUAAAAGAAUUCAAUCGAAACUUUAUUGAUAUUUUAAUGCAAGGGCAUACAGGUCCAUCGGCAUAUAUCUGUUCGAAUAAAAAUACUGAUUCUUUCUUUUUUACAAGUUCUGAUCGAUAUCUAUAUAAAUGGAAUACUCGAACAAAGUUAGUUGAAUGGUCAAUUAGGUCUCCGCAAUUAAUUUCAUGCGUGGCUUUACAUCCUCAAAGAAACAUAAUUAUUCUUGGUACUGAAGCAAGCAAACUACUUAUCUAUGAUACUUUAUCAUCAUGCUAUAUAACAACAAUUCUGUUAAGGAUUAAUACCGGAGUGAAAGCAGUGCGAUUUUCACCAGAUGGUGGAGAUUUAGCAGUUGGAUUAAAAAAUGGAAUGAUAUGUUUAUUUGAAGUAUUAGGCAAUGGAGAGUUUAAUUUGCGAACUAACGGAAAUUUUCAGAAUAAUAAUCUACCAGUCAUUGAUAUGAUAUGGUCAGUUGACUCAAGUUAUCUUCUUGCAAUUUAUAAUGGUGACAAUUAUAACGUUUGGUCAAUGCCAUCGUUUGAUGUUGUACGUGAACAAAAUAUUAAAAAUAUCUCAUGGCAUCAAAUGACAAAUCCAAUGGUGUGUAAUCUAAUUGACAAAUCAAUAGUGGAAAUGUGUACAUCGGCAAUCGUUUUAUCAUCUAAUCUCGUCAUUUGUGCCGGUAAAGAUGGUCAAAUUCGUUUAUUUCAAAGUUCUAAUAAACGUAACAUUCGAACAUUACAAGUUGGCCUUGGUUCAAUUCAAUCUAUGAUACCAUCGACCGGCAGUAACAGUUAUCUCUUGUCAAUCAAUAAUAAUCCGGCUAUUGUUGAAAUUCAAGUCAAUAUUGAAUCGUAA